GCCUGGUUUCGAUCCAGGGACCUCAGGGUCAGAGCCAUGCGCGCUCCCACUGCGCCACAACGUACAGCUACAGAAGCAGUCUUCACUGCGAGCUAUUAUCAAGCAAUACAUGAUUAUAUAUUGAAAUUUAUAGUUUAGGUAAUUCGGCUUUCCUUUUUUUUUUUUAAAGGCUCUCUAUCAAAAGAUGAUCCAAAAAUGGAAUAAAAUAUUUCACGAACACAACCAUAAUUCUCACUACGAAAAGGUAAUCGCCAAUUCCAACAUCCCUCUAUCAAUUAAAAGACUACCCACAUUUAAAAUCCUAUCACACAGGACCAAGGAGGAGGUGAGCGCGGUGAUUCAACUUCGCACAGGACACCUCUUUGGUGAAGAUACCUCGUGGAGAGCUGGGUAUAUGAGCAGUAACCAAUGCAAAUGUUCCCUUCCAAAUCCGAAGAUAAUACAUUGUAUCUUCCAAUGUCCAAUCAACUCACAGGCGAGAAUCCAUUCAGAGAUUCCAACAAUUCUCUCUGACGGAGUGGACCCAGAAAUCAUUCACACAUACCUAGGCACGAAAUGGGGCAUAGGCAAACUCAUCACAUUCGUUUCCCAUGCAUGGCAAUUCAUAAGGUAAUUUGACACCGGCAUACAUCUUCUUAGAUUUCACACUCCUGUCUUUGAUGUGAGUUUUCUUCCUAUUCAUUAAGUUUCCUCACAUCUACGGUAGAAUUAUAAAGAUAGCAUUCAUUCUUUUAUAUAUAGAUAUAAUAAACACCGUGCAAGAACCCCGACAAAGUGGGCUCUUAGCAACUAUUUA